AUGAAAUUUAUAUUUAAAUAUUAUGUGUUCAAAAUUACUUUUCUAACAUUUUUUACUAUUGGAUAUUGUGAAGAUGAUAAAUUAAUUGCUGAAUUAAAAAAUAAUUCAUUUAUAAAUGAAAAAAUUUAUAGUAAAUUAUUAAACAAAAAUAUUUCUGUACUUUGGAUACCACAAACUAUUAGAAAUUUAAAUUGUAAUAAACUUUUAAUUGGAGAUUUUAAAUAUAUAGCUAAAGAAAAAGAAAAAAGAAUAAGUAUAAAUGAAGUUUCUCCAGGUUUUUCAACAUCAUGUAGUCAUAUUAAAAAAAGAGGAUAUUAUCCUGAUAAACCAUUAACGUUAGAAGAAGAAAAAUUUCCUUUGGCAUUUGCAAUUAAUGUUUACACGGAUUAUUUAAAACUUGAACAACAAUUUGUUGUAAUGUAUGCACCUCAAAAUCAUUAUUGUUAUGCUAUUGAUAAAAAAUCUAGUCCAAUAUUUAAAAAAAAAUUAUACUCUUUGGCAAAAUGUUUUCCAAAUGUUUAUAUUGUUAAGAAUGAAAAAGUUUUAGAUCAUAGUGGUGUUAAUGGAAAUUUAUAUAAUUAUGAAUGUAUGAAAUUGUUAAAUGAUAAAAAUUACAAAUAUUUAUUUCUUUUACAAAAUGAUGAUGCUCCUUUAAAAACAAAUUUAGAACUUGUUAAAAUAUUAAAGAUUUAUAAUGGUACUAUUGAUAUGAAUAUUGGAGAUCCAAUUGCAAGACAACCUAUUAUUUUGGAUAAAAAAAAAUCAUUUAAAUUUAGUUCAUUAAAAAUGUUUAAAAAAAGUGACAAAAGAUAUAAUGAUAAAAUUCUUAAAAGUACAAACAUAUUAAUUCAAAAAGGUCUUCUUCAAGCGGCAAUUUCAAAAAAAACAAUUGAUUAUAUUCUUAAUGAAAUAAAUAUUAAACAAUUAUUGGAUAAUUUAAAUACAAACAAAUCAUAUUCAGAUGAAUUAUUGUGGCCGACAAUUUUUACAAAUCCAUUUUUACAAGUGCCAGGAUGGCAACAUUAUCUAUGUAAUAAAAAGACUAUUUUUAGUAAAUAUUACAUGACAAGAAAAACAAUAUUCAGUAUUACAAAGGAACAUUGUCCAUCAGGAUUUGAAAGAAAUGGAAUAUGUAUAUUUGGUAUUGAAUCUCUUUCACUUAUGAAAAAAUGGCCACAUUUUUUUGCUAAUAAAUUUCGUUCCUCAUUUGAUGCUGGUGCUUCAAUGUGUUGGUUACAAUAUAUGUAUAAUAAAAAAUUUUUUUCACCAUCAAGAAAAAUUAAUGAAAACUUUUAUCUAAGAAGUCCGUUAAUUAAAUAUCAAAAGUUAAAAGAAACCGAACAUGACCAUGUAAAAAUAUGUAAUAUGAUUUAA